AUGAAGUUGGUUCUGCUAUUCCUAGGAGGACUUCUGAUCCUCGAAUGUUAUCCUACCUAUGGAGAGCUAUAUCCUUGCAGUGCUGAUGCCAUUUGCGUGUGCUCUGGUCACCAGGCUGGCGAUUUGUUACCCGAUUGCGAUGACUGUUCUGGCUAUAUCCUUUGCGGCAUUGGUUCUUAUGAGAAAGAGAAGUGCCCAGCGGGUCAGAUCUUCAGCUUAAGCUUGAAUGCCUGUGCGCCUGGUCAGUGUCCGAGAUCGGAUGGCCAAUGCUCAUCCUCAAACACGCCUGGAGGAGGCGGUUCUUCUGCAAUAGGAACUUGCUACGAUGCAAAUGUAAAAUGUAGCUACCACGGAGAGAAUAUUCCACAUCCUCAGCAUUGUCAACUAUUUUGCACCUGCGUGGAAAGUACUCCAGUUUUACGCCACUGCGAACGUGGCAUGUGGUUUGAUCGCGAAAAUUUCGUUUGUGAUUUCCCACAAAAUGUGAAAAAUUGCCCAGCCAAUCGGGACUAA